GCGCCUUAUAAGAUCACGUGCGCUACCACAUGGCUUUCUUUUCUCGCGAAGACAGCACCGUAUACACCCAGUAGGUUAGGGGUUGUCAGCGGCCAAACGUGAGAAUAUGAACCAGAAGCCGAGUGUACAAGUCUUCGGACGAAAGAAGACGGCGACUGCAGUGGCCCACUGUACACAGGGGAAUGGCAUCAUCAAGGUGAACGGGAGACCUCUGCACUUAGUGGAGCCUUCCACCCUCAGAUACAAGCUGGAGGAGCCUCUGCUGCUGCUAGGGGCAGAGAAGUUCAUGGGGGUAGACAUACGGGUGAGGGUGAAGGGAGGAGGCCAUGUCUCCCAGGUCUACGCCAUACGACAGGCCAUCAGCAAAUCCCUCGUCGCAUAUUACCAGAAAUAUGUCGACGAAGCAAGCAAGAAGGAGAUAAAGACGUGCUAA